AAAAAAAAAAAAAAAAGUCGACUGGCCGUGUCCCAGUGAAAACACAGCAGAGCGGCAGGAAUGCAGCGCUCGGACCCGGGCAGCCCCAGCAGCUCCUCCGUCAGACGUGACGUCGCUGCUGGUUCCCCGCAGAAAAACUUCACUCCGAAGAAAGUUUUCUAGAAGGGAGAGACAGAAGAGGGGGGGAGAAAAAAAAAAAAAAAAAAAAAGAAAAGCAGCGAGCCCGAAAAUACGCGGAGCCCCGGAAUGUGCAGACGCUCGGUUCUCCAACAUUUCAGCCAUCUGUCGAAAUGUUUCUGCGCUCCUGUCGAUGCAUGGACUCGGUCGCUGCUCUUGUGGCGCUUAUUUAUUUAACGGUGUUGUUGUCGAGAAGCUCCCUGUGUAGCAGCGAGGAGGACGAUGAGGUCCUGGGGAAAAACCAGCUCGCUGAAUACUACAGAAAAGGUCUCUUCAUCCUGGAGAGCGUUACGCUGAAGCGCUGCGUGACGGUGAACGGCUCCAAUGUGGUGCUGGACGAUUGCGAGCGUCCCACACGCCACAUGCUGUGGAAGUGGGUCUCUAGGCACCGACUCUUCAACUUAGGCACCAGCAUGUGCCUGGGCCUUAACCUUUCGGACACAACGCAGCCGUUGGGCAUGUUUGAGUGCGACGCUACCUAUCUAGUGCUGUGGUGGCGUUGCCACGGGAACAUGCUCUAUGGGGCGUCAGAGUGGAAGGUGACGGUUUCCGGACGUUUGGUGGUGGUAAGAAAGAACAUGUACCACGAGUGGAAAAGGUACAACACUCCCAAAGAAGGCCCCUGCUCACAUCCAUAUGAAGAAAUCCACACUCUUUUGGGAAAUGCACACGGAUAUUCUUGUGUUUUUCCUUUUAAUUACAACAACAAGUGGUACGCUGAGUGUACAACUGAGGGCCGGGAGGAUAAUCUUCACUGGUGUGCCACUACUGAUCGCUACGAUCAGUCUGAAAGAUGGGGCUUCUGCCCAGUUAAAGCUUCCAGUUGUGAUCAUUUCUGGGAGUCGAACCAGGAGCUCAGCGCGUGCUACCAGUUCAACCUGUACACCAUCCUCACCUGGAGUCAGGCGCUGUCCACCUGCCUCGCUCAAGGAGGGAAUCUGUUGAGCAUCACCAGCCUGGCUGAGCACAGGUAUAUCCGAGAUCGACUGGCAAAUGUUGGUGCGAUGGUGUGGAUUGGACUGAACCACCUUAAGGACGGGUAUGGAUGGAAAUGGUCCGAUGGCGCUCCCUUGUCACUGGUGAAUUUUACUACAGCUCUGGCCGCUGGACCGCUAGAGACCAACAUGCCUUGCGGAGUGUACAACUCUGCCUAUGGAGGCCAGUGGCAGAGUCUCUCCUGCGAGUCCGCCCUGCCUUACAUCUGCAAGAAGACACCGAACAACACCGGCAUAGUUGAGCCACUAGAGAACUGGCAGUACAUCCAUACCGAGUGCGCUGAUGGCUGGUGGCCUCAUAAUGGCUUUUGCUACCAUGUGCUGGCGGAAAAAGACUCUGGAAGCUGGAAGGAGUCGUCCCGAGCCUGUGGCUCUCUGGGGGCAAAGCUCAUCAGUCUCCGUUCCUUGUCAGAGGCGGAGAUGCUGCUUAACCUGCUGGCUAACUAUUCCAGGGAAGUCACAGAGGUCUGGAUUGGUCUGCGGAAGCAGGGGCCAUCGCCAGGUGUAGAGUGGUCAGAUGGUUCACCAGUAACUCUGACUCUCUGGGACCAGUAUCAGCCUGUGCUCAACCUGACAGAUUCGACACUUUGCAUCACAAUGGAGACAAAGAAAGGUAACUGGCUCUUGGCCCCAUGCGAUGAGCAACACCCUGCUGUAUGCAGAAGAGAAAGCCAGAGUCCUGUUCAGCACAGAGGAACCUGGGAUGAAGGAUGCCCUGCGGGUUGGAAGAGACACGGUCACUCCUGUUACACAGUAACUAGUCAUGAGCAGACGUUUGAAGAUGCGGCGUUGGGAUAUUACUGCAUGUCUUCUCUCCUCACUGUGGAGAACAGGUUUGAGCAGGCUUUUGUCAACAGUUUGCUGAGUGCGAAUGGAACCAACAGCAGCAUGAACUAUUGGAUCGGCCUCAAGGACCAGGAGAAGAAGGGGGAGUACAGGUGGCUUCCUCACAACGGCUCCUCUCUGCCUCUCACCUUCUCGAACUGGAACAAGCAUCAACCUGUUAGUGCUGGUGGCUGUGUCGUCAUGUCUGGCGGUCCUGCUUUGGGUCACUGGGAGGUGAAAGACUGCAAAUCCCACAAGGCUUUGUCGGUGUGUAAGAUGAGCAGCAGCCACAGUGAUGCUGGCCUGCCAGAGCGCCACAUUGAUGCUUACGCCCCCUGUCCUCCAGGCUGGGAAUCACACUCUGGACUGCUCCACUGUUUUAAGGUGUUCCACGAUGAGAAAGUCUUGAUGAAGCGCUCCUGGGUGGAAGCAGACUUCUUCUGCCAAGCCCUCGGGGCUCAGCUGGCCAGUUUCCAGCACUAUGAGGAGCAGGUGUUUGUUAAGCACCUGCUCAGCACCAUGUUUGAAGGAACAGAGGGCCGCUGGUUCUGGGUUGGUUUAAAUAAGAGAGACCCCGACCACCCUGGAGCCUGGGAGUGGUCCGACGGCUCUCCAAUAGUGACGUCUUUCAUUGAAGAUAAGAACGAGGAGGAUGACAGGAAGGACUGUGCUGUGUACAGCGACCUGACUAACAACAUGAUGCCACGGCCUUGUGACACCAAACAUGAGUGGAUCUGCAAGCUGUCCAGAGGUGAUAAGCUGAAGAAACCUUACUGGUACACUGAACAGAGCCAGGCCUGGGUGUUUUACCGAGGAGCCGAGUACUUGCUGGCUAAUCAACCCUACAACUGGCAUGCAGUCUCUUUGGCUUGUCAGAUGAUGGGAGCCCACCUGCUAUCCAUUCACUCCAGGGAAGAGUCGCAAUUCAUCAAGGAGCGCUUACGACGGUUCUCCCUGGGACACACCGACUGGUGGAUUGGCCUUUCCUUUGGCCCACCUGGAGAGGAGGUCAGGUGGAGCGACAAAACGGAGAUAGAUUUUCAGAACUGGGCUGAUGGCGGUUUAAACAGUGAUCUCAAAAAAAGCUGGGCGUGUCUCUCCAUGUCUUCAACAGGGAAGUGGUCGGUAAAGAAAUGCAGCGAACUUCACGGCUACGUGUGCAAGAGAAGGACGGUAUCUGUGGUGGAGACUCCCCAGGAGCCACACUACAUUGGAGCAUGUCCAGAGAAGUGGCUCUACUUCGGACACAAGUGCCUCCUGCUUCACCUCCCUGGCAGUCCAAACGAAGGAAAGAGUUGGAAAGACGCCCAGUCCAUCUGCUCUUUGUUUCAAGGCUCCCUGGUUGCCAUAGAAGAUGAGAUAGAACAAGCCUACAUUACCAUGCUGCUCCAGGGAAGCUCUGUAGGUGUGUGGAUCGGUCUGCGAGAUGAGGACACAAUGAAAUGGACCAAUGGAAAACCAGUCAGCUACACCAACUGGUCUCCAGUUGAACCAAAGAGUUAUCUUACUGAUGACUGGCUCAGUGGGGCUGCCGAUGAACCCCUCUGCACCGUUUUGUCAAACAACCACAAUUUCCACCUCACUGGGAAAUGGUACGAUGAGAAGUGCAGCGAGAGCGGGUAUGGCUUUGUUUGUCAAAAACCUCAAGACACAUCCAAACCCCCCACCCACUCCUAUCACCACCCUCUUCCUGACAAUAUUGAGUACAGGAGCACCACCUACAAGGUUGUGUCUGGCAACAUGAGUUGGUACGACGCGAUGCACAUGUGCAUAGAAAAUGAUUCUGAGCUAGUGAGCAUUACAGAUGCCUACCACCAGGCUUUCCUUACUGUCCUUGUCAACAGAUUGGACGGCCCACAUUGGAUUGGACUGUACAGUCAAGACAGUGGCAUCAAUUACAAGUGGUCAGACGGCAGUGACACAGUGUACACACACUGGGACGCAGCUGAUGAUGAUGAUGACGACUUUGUGACUGGAGAGUGUGUGUACAUUGACGUGAACGGAGGCUGGCGGAGAGCAGACUGUGAGACUCCGUUGCCAGGAGCGCUGUGUCACAUUCCCCUGCCCAACAGUAAACCAUUUGUCUCGUACGAGAUGUCCUGUCCGCACACCUGGGUGAAGUUUGGACGAGGCUGCUACGACUUUGAGCCGGUGGUUGAAAAACUCACAUUUGAAGAGUCAAGAACCCGCUGUAAACAGAAAGUCAACACCUCAGACAUCCUGACCAUUGAAAGUGAGACAGAGAACCGCUUUGUUCUGGAGCAGCUGCGUUCUUCCGGGUCCCUUCACCGCACUAUUUGGUUGGGGAUGUACUUCAACGUUGAUACUGAUUCAAUGGCCUGGGUUGAUGGCUCACCGACGGACUACACCAACUGGGCAGAUAAAGGCCCAGACACCAAGCAGCUCACUGCAGACACCUGUGUUACAACCAGGGUGAUUGAUGACGUGUGGCGUCUGUCGACAUGCGGAGGGCAGCUCGGCUUCAUCUGCAAAACUGUCUCAGAUGUAGCCACUAAGGUGGAGGUGGAACACAUUAAUGGUUUGCAUCAUGGCAUCAUCCCUGCUGCAGUGGUGGUGGCAGUAUUGAUCUUCGCUCUGCUGGCAGGGGCGAUGUGGUUCCUGUACAAGAGAAACCCGGCUCGCUUUCGCGGCUUCCCCUCGCUCGGCAGCGCUUAUUACAGACAGACCAACUCUCAGGCAACAGAAUCAGAUGGAAAUGUUCUGAUUACAGACCUGGAGGCUCAUUCAGGGGAAUAGCACCCAGGGACUUUGGCAAUUUAUUGGCCUUUCUGUGUAUCUCAGCAUUUUCCUGUCUGGUGUAUAGGCCAGGUGAAAUCUUAAAGCUGCAACACAAACCUCCUCAGCACCUCAGGGCUGAGAUGAUGACAGUGGAUGUGUUUGAAGGAUCCCAUUGACUCUGAUUCAGUUUUAUUUAAAGCAUUCAGCUGGGGAUAGAGUGGGAGUCGAUCCCUUCUGCAGACAAGGAGACGCAGUAUUUGAAUUAAUGCUUGAACUAAGAUCAGAUUAUUUGAAAUAUUCAGGAUAGCAGGGAACUUGAAGUUUAGGAGAUUAACAGAAUGUUUUUAAUCAAAACUGCAUGAAAUUCAUUUGUUUAUAUGGUAGCAGUUCAGUGCAGAAAACGAUUGAUUUCAACGAUUUCAAAAGAGCGAAAGAAAAUUGUGGUAAUUUCAUAUUUUCACUAAAAAACAUAAUAUUACUUAUCUGUUUCUGUAAAUGAUGCAUUCAGGAGCAUCUGGAUUUGCUGGAUCUGUACAUGUGGAACAUCAAAGUUGUCAGUAUUACUUUUUUAUUUACACGUUAUUUUGUAUGUACACAUUCUGUAUAUUGACUUACGAGGUUUUUUUUUUUGAAGUGCUAGCAAUGUCCUGUUUUCAUUCCAAGUUUGGUGAUCUGAAGCAAAUUUUAAAAAAUGCAUUUUGUAUAGUUUUAUUUACAUUUAAUUAAAUUGAGGUGAGAUUAAACCAUUUAUGAUUGUCAUUUUAUACAAUGCGGGGUUAUAGAAAGUCUGUGAAAUAAACUACAUCCAUUUGGAGCCUUCUACAAGUUUACCACUUUAGUUUUAGGUGAUAGGUUAUGUAUUUUUUAAGUGGACUUGUAAAUAUGAAAGAUAAUGCUACCAUGUCUAAAGAAAUUGCUGUUUGGUUCAUCAGACUGUUUCAUGCAUUUUUAAAUAGAAUUAUGUGUAUGAUUUGCAUAAAAAAAAUAUCCUAUAUACCCGAUUACAUGUUGAACCAGUUCUGCAUUUUCAACCUUUGUAAAUCUCAGCACUGAUCUCAGUAAAACACACAGUCAGUAGAGUGUUAUAUAUCAGCUGUCAGUAAAGUGCAGUCUUAGAAUCAUCAGCAAUAUCUGACAUCUAAAUGCAGAGUAUUUAAUAAUUCACAACAGCUGCAGGAAAAUCCGUGUGCAAGCAGGAGGGAGAGUUGUGUGGCGCAAAAUGUUGGGACUUCCUGUUCAGUUUGCGUGUGAUUAAAAUAUGUUUGUGUAUAAUAUA